GCGGCGGCGACGGCCGAGAUUGGAAUCCGCCUGCUGGCGCUGGGGAAAGGAGGAGGGAGGAGGGCGGGGAGGACGGGCAGGAAAGCUCGGGCUCCGGCGCGUCCGUCCGCGCGAGACGAGGAUCGCACGGCCGCGCGAGGGGCGACCGGGCCGGGCCGCUGCACCCGAGGGCGGAGGCCGAGCCUGGCCCCCGCCGGCCCCGGCGGCUCGCCGCGCCCCCCCGCUCCGCGCCGCGGCUGGAGGAUGCGUUCCCCGGGGUCCGGAUUAAUGAAAAUAUGCAUCAGUUUAAUACUGUCUUGGAAUUCAUGAGAUGGAAGCAUAGGUCAAAGCUGUUUGAAGAAAAUUGGAAGUGCAGUUUCAUCUAGCUACCUCUCUGAGAAGUCAGGAGAAAGCAGUAGAAGUUGGAGUCAUUGUCAAGUGAUUGAGAACUUUUACAAGAAAAUCCCAUUGAAUAAAAGUCAUUUUAAUUAGUGACGUAGUAAAAUCAGUUAUUAAAGGCCACAGUGUACAGGAAACGUUAAAAUUGAACAAUGACUCAACUACAUAUUUAUAUUAGAUUAUUGGGAGCCUAUCUGUUCAUCAUUUCGCAUAUUCAAGGGCAGAAUCUAGAUAGUAUGCUCCAUGGUACUGGAAUGAAAUCAGACUCUGACCAGAAAAAGUCAGAAAAUGGAGUAACCUUAGCACCAGAAGAUACCUUGCCUUUUUUAAAGUGCUAUUGCUCAGGACAUUGCCCGGAUGAUGCUAUUAAUAACACGUGCAUAACGAAUGGCCAUUGCUUUGCCAUCAUAGAAGAAGAUGACCAAGGAGAAACCACAUUAGCUUCAGGGUGUAUGAAAUAUGAAGGAUCUGAUUUUCAGUGUAAGGAUUCACCCAAAGCUCAGCUACGCCGGACAAUAGAAUGUUGUCGGACCAAUUUAUGUAACCAGUAUUUACAACCUACACUGCCCCCUGUUGUUAUAGGUCCAUUUUUUGAUGGCAGCAUUCGGUGGCUGGUCGUGCUCAUUUCUAUGGCUGUCUGCAUAAUUGCUAUGAUCAUCUUCUCCAGCUGCUUUUGUUACAAACAUUAUUGCAAGAGCAUCUCAAGCAGACGUCGUUAUAAUCGUGAUUUGGAACAAGACGAAGCAUUUAUUCCAGUUGGAGAAUCAUUAAAAGACCUUAUUGACCAGUCACAAAGUUCUGGUAGUGGAUCUGGAUUACCUUUAUUGGUUCAGCGAACGAUUGCCAAACAGAUUCAGAUGGUUCGGCAAGUUGGUAAAGGUCGAUAUGGAGAAGUGUGGAUGGGCAAAUGGCGUGGUGAGAAAGUGGCAGUCAAAGUGUUUUUUACCACUGAAGAAGCUAGCUGGUUUCGAGAAACAGAAAUCUAUCAAACUGUGCUCAUGCGCCAUGAAAAUAUACUUGGUUUUAUAGCAGCAGACAUUAAAGGUACAGGUUCCUGGACACAGCUCUAUUUGAUUACUGAUUACCAUGAAAAUGGAUCUCUCUAUGAUUUCCUGAAAUGUGCCACACUAGACACGAGAGCCCUGCUCAAGUUGGCUUAUUCAGCUGCCUGUGGUCUGUGCCAUCUCCACACUGAAAUUUAUGGCACCCAAGGAAAGCCUGCAAUUGCUCAUCGAGAUCUAAAGAGCAAAAACAUCCUUAUCAAGAAGAAUGGAAGUUGCUGUAUUGCUGACCUUGGCCUUGCUGUUAAAUUCAACAGCGAUACAAAUGAGGUUGAUAUACCCUUGAAUACCAGGGUGGGUACCAAACGCUACAUGGCUCCAGAAGUACUAGAUGAAAGCCUGAAUAAAAACCAUUUCCAGCCCUACAUAAUGGCUGACAUCUAUAGCUUUGGCCUCAUCAUUUGGGAAAUGGCUCGUCGUUGUAUCACAGGAGGCAUAGUAGAAGAAUACCAAUUGCCAUAUUACAACAUGGUGCCCAAUGAUCCAUCAUAUGAAGAUAUGCGUGAGGUUGUGUGUGUCAAACGUUUGCGGCCAAUUGUGUCUAAUCGAUGGAACAGUGAUGAAUGUCUGCGAGCAGUUUUGAAGCUGAUGUCAGAAUGCUGGGCCCAUAACCCAGCCUCCAGACUCACAGCUCUGAGAAUCAAGAAGACACUUGCCAAGAUGGUGGAAUCCCAAGAUGUAAAGAUUUGACAACUAAACAAUAGUGGAGAAAUUCUAGAUGCAAAAACUAUUUUCACCCAAGGAUUGGGUGGAGUUAGAAUAGAAUAAGGGUGUUAACUUGGUUCUCAGACUCUUUACUCACUACACCUUCACAGGCUGCUAAAUACUAAACUUUUCAGUACUCUGUAGAAUACAAGCUGGGAACUUCAAAACACUUCAUUCUUUAUAUAUGGACCGCUUUAUUUUAAAUGUGGUUUUUGAUGCUUUUUUUUAUUGGGUUUUUAUGAACUGCAUCAAGACUUUAAUCCUGAUUCAUAAGUCUCCAGUCAAACUCUGGGUACUGAAUUAUUUGUUCAUAAGUGGUGCUUUCUGUGAAAGCCUUAAGAAGAUAAAUGAAUUCAGCAGAGAUGGAGAAAUAUACACUUUUGCCUUCUACCUGAGAAAGUUUAAUCUAUUUGUAUUCUACCUUUGUAAACAGCCUAUGGAUCACCAUCUGUUUGGAAUACUGCUUAGUUUGUCAUGUCUUGAUAAUGAUUGUGUGUGUGUGCACAUGUGUGCAUACCAGAAUUCCUCUGCUGCCAUUUGAAUUAGAAGAAAAUAAUUUCUGAUUGCACAGAAAGAUACUGGUGGCUCUUGGUUUUGCGCUUUAAAAAUGCAUUAUCUGAGCAAGAUUCGCCAAUUGCAUAAAAGCCACUUAACCUUGCAAGUGAGCUAGCUUCUCUACCAACUUUAUUUUUAACAUAAAAGUUGAUGUAAAGGCCAAAAGAAGUUGAAAGUGUCCGUUAAAUUUGGACUGUUUUCCUCCUACCACGAUCUUUUUUUGUUGUACUGUUACUUUUGUCAUGAAAAGUACCCUUUCCAAAGGUGGAAUUUUCAAUGCCAUGAACCCUCUAAAGAAAACACUUCUUUUGAAGUGCAUUACUAAUUACUGCAUUUGAUAGAUAGAAAUGUAAGUGCCUAUAACCAUGUUCUGUAUUCUUUAUUCUUAGUAAACUUUAAAAGGGAAGUUAUUUAUAUUUUGUGUGUAAUAUGCUUUAUUUGCAAAACACCUGCUCUUUACAACCAUAUUUUUUAUAUGUACAUAUAUUCAUACUGUAGAAACCUGCUCACAUUUACCUCACACCCCAUCCUUAAGGGAAAAAAAUUAAAAGAUUGUCCAAAAAGUUACUAAGUAUGAAUUACUAUACAUAUGGAUUAAUGCUUUCAAAGUAGCAUUAGGAUUUUUUUCACCUAACGCAGAAACUCAUUUAAGAUAACAUCUCAGUUUUCCUUUAUGAAAGAAUAUUCUAAUUACAGAUUUACAUUUCAGAACUGAAAUGAAUGUCUCAAUGGCUGUUUUAUAUGUUUAAAUCAUUUGAAAUUGGGGAUUUUAUGAUUUCUCUUCCAUACUUGCUAAGAUAAGAACCAUGCAAAAAGAUUCAGCAUCUAUAGCUAUACUGUAUAGUUUUUAUUCAAUAAAAUGCCACAUAUUUUAUAGA